CGGAAUCUGUGUGCGAGGUUGUACAAGGAGAUGAUGACGGGGAAGGAGAGGAGCAGAUGCUGCGAUGAAUGACGCUUCCAGGCCUGGGAGUCCGACAAGGAGGAGUAUCUUCUGACUGAGCAGCGCCGAUGUCCAGUCAUUUGGGGCCAGAAUUAUAUAUUAAGCAUCGUUAAAGGAAACCAGCUACUGCGUACUCUCCCAAGGUCAGGAGUCAGAAAACAACGGGCAAGUUGUCUGUGUGGCACAGAAAGACUAUGGAUUCAGGUGUACGUUCUGCAUUGUUGCUGCUGGGGGUCAUUGCAGGUUACCUCUGUGAGAAGUGUAGGGAUGGAGGAACCUACUCAAAUGCAGUUAUUUCCCCAAAUCUGGAAACCACCAAAAUCAUGCGGGUGCCUCAAGUCAGUUCUCUGGCUGCCUGCACAGCUGCCUGCUGUGACCUGCCCAGCUGUGACUUGGCCUGGUUGGUUGAAGGUCGGUGCUACGUUGUGAACUGCCAGCACCAGGAGAGCUGUGAGCCCAAGACAAUAGACCCUGUUAAGUCCUAUCUAACUUUUGUGCUGCGGCCAGCGCAGAGACCACCCUCCUUACUAGGAUAUGGACAGAUGAUGCCCAAUAGGGGUCAUCCCAUGGCGAUUCCAGGAGGCCCGUCUGAGGAGGCUAGCAGACUUAGAGACUUACCCUUCUUGGGGAAGGGCCAUAGCUUAGAAGAGUUACCUGAGUAUACAGAUGACUAUAGGGAGAUGGAGCCUGACUCCUUCCAGUCCAGUGGCAAGCAGGUGCCAAAGGGUGGUGCUGACUACAUGGACUGGGGUCUACUGCCAAACACUGAAGGUCCUUUCAAUUCCUCUGUGGGAAAUGGCCAUUCUCUGGCAGAGAAAGAGAAUGGGAACACCAGGUUAGAUCACCUGGCAAGAGGGAAUGAGUCAGAGUGGGCCACUGUCCUGGAUCACUUUCCUGAGGGAAGAUCAUCACCAUCCCUGGAGAAGAUCCCACUGCCUGGAAAGACACGAGAAAAGGAGGAAGCCUUUCAGCCCCCUGGACAGGCUAGCAACAGCCCCGGAGAAGAGGUUCUAAUGCCUUCCCAUAAUCCUCCUUCAGCCAACCUGGAGUUCAGUCCAACCAUCGUGGAGAAAAGCCCAAUUCUAACAGUAACCCAGCAGAACUCAGAUCAUGGGAUUGAAGUGUUUCCCACUGACACUGGCCCCUCUCAGUCCACCCUAACUGAGCAGAUCACCUCUCCCACCACUGCUCCAAGUACAGUCAAAGAACUCACGGUGUUUGCUGGAGACAAUGUACUGAUCACUUUACCCCAAAACGACGUUCAGCUGAAGGCCUUUGUUGUUCCAGCACCCCCUUCAGAAACAAGUUACUACUAUGAAUGGAGUUUGAUAAGCCACCCCAUGGACUAUCAGGGUGAAAUUGAACAAAAAUACAUGCAAACUCUUAAUCUCUCUCAGUUGCCUGUAGGCCUUUAUUCCUUCAAAGUGGCUGUUUCUGGUGAAAAUGCUUUUGGAGAAGGAUUUGUAAAUGUCACUGUUAAGCCAGCAGUGAGAACCAAUCAGUCCCCGGUAGCAGUAGCUUCUCCCCAAGUACAAGAGCUCUUCUUGCCCACUACUUCAACCUUCAUUGAUGGCAGUCAAAGUACAGAUGAUGCUAAAAUCGUGAGCUACCACUGGGAAGAAAUUAAAGGGCCCCUAAGAGAACAGAAGGCAUCAGCUGACUCCCCAGUCUUGCAUUUAUCUAAUCUUGUUCCUGGGAAUUAUACUUUCAGGUUAACAGUAAUAGAUUCAGAUGGAGCUGCAAACUCUACUAUUGCAUUACUAAUAGUCAACAAACCUGUGGACUACCCACCUCUUGCCAAUGCAGGACCAAACCAGGUGAUAACUUUACCACAGAACUUCAUCACCCUCAAUGGAAACCAGAGCAGCGAUGACCACCAGAUUAUCAGCUACGAGUGGUCACUGAGCCAACAUAGUAAAAGCAAAGUUGUAGCCAUGCAGGGAGUGAGAACACCGUACCUUCAGUUGUCGGCAAUGCAGGAAGGAGAUUAUACAUUUCAGCUGAUGAUCACAGAUUCAUCAACACAGCAAUCCACUGCUGAGGUCACUGUGAUUGUCCAGCCUGAAAACAACAGUCCUCCUGUAGCUGUGGCUGGCCCAGACAAAGAGCUGACAUUCCCUGUGGAAAGCAUGGUCCUUGAUGGAAGCAGAAGCACUGAUGACCAAGGCAUCAUUUUCUAUCACUGGGAAAAUAUCAGAGGCCCAAGUGCUGUGGAGAUGGAAAACAUCGACAAAGCUGUAGCCACAGUCACUGGACUGCAGGUUGGCACCUACCACUUCCGACUGACAGUGAAGGAUCGCCAGGGCCUAAGCAGCAUGGCUACCCUCUCCGUGGCCGUCAGGGAGGAAAACAACAGUCCUCCUAGAGCCCACGCUGGUGGCAGACAUGUUCUUGUGCUUCCCAAUAACUCCAUUGCUCUGGAUGGUUCAAUGUCUACUGACGACCAAGGAAUUGUGUCUUAUCUGUGGAUCCGGGAUGGUCAAAGUCCAGCAGCUGGAGAUGUCAUCCACGGCUCAGACCACAGUGCAUCUCUGCAGCUCAUCAAUCUGGUGGAAGGAGUCUAUACUUUCCACUUGAAAGUCACAGACCUCCAAGGAGACUCUGACAUUGAUACUGCUACAGUGGAAGUGCGGCCUGACCCUAAAAAGACUGGCCUAGUAGAGCUGAUACUGCAGGUGGAAGUCGGACAGCUGACCGAGCUGCAGAAGGACAUGCUCGUGAGGCAGCUGGCAGUGCUGCUGAAUGUGCUGGACUCUGAUAUCAGAAUACAAAAGAUCCAGGCUCAUUCGGAUAUCAGCACUGUGGUCAUAUUCUAUGUGCAGAGCGGACAGCCUCUCAGAGUCAUCCAGGCUGUUGAGGUGGCCCGGACUUUGCAUGCUCAGCUCUUAAAGGAAAAGGCAGACUUUUUACUUUUUAAAGUCCUGCGAGUUGACACAGAAGUUUGCCAUUUGAAAUGUUCUGGCCAUGGCCACUGUGAUCCCAUUACCAAGCGCUGCAUCUGCUACCAGUUGUGGAUGGAAAACUUGAUCCAGCGCUACCUCAGUGAUGGAGAAAGCAACUGUGAAUGGAGUAUUUUCUAUGUGACUCUGCUGGCUUUUACUCUGAUUGUGAUAAUGGUGGGUUUUACUUGGCUCUGCAUCUGCUGCUGCAAAAGACAGAAAAGGACUAAAAUAAGAAAAAAAACAAAAUACACCAUUCUGGAUAAUAUUGAUGACCAAGAAAGACUGGAGCUAAGUCCUAAAUUUGGAAUUAAACACCGGAGCACAGACCAGAACUCCAGUCUGAUGGUAUCAGAGUCUGAAUUUGAAAGUGACCAAGACACAAUCUUCAGCCGAGAGCUUGGAACGGAGACUUCGAAGAACUCUGUGUUUGGAUCCAUCAAAAAUGGGAUUCCCUUCACUUAUUGCUCCAAGGACAGAUAGUUAAGCUGUUUUCAAGUGGGCGGAAAUACUGAGCUGCCACAAAAAGAAUAAGUUGAGACUUCCCCCAACAUUUUUUUUUUUGUUUUCAAAAUCAAAAUCUUCUCGUAUGAUAGGAGAGUGAAACAAGUUUGUCCAGCAUAGUUCAGAGGAGGUUAGAACAAAAAACUAACUCAUGUUAUGGUUAAAAUAGGAACAGGGAAUACUAGCAUAUUUUAACUCCUCCUACAUUGUGCUGCGUGUACAGUCCCACAUUUUAAAGACUUAUUGGUUGGGAAUCUUGACACCAAAAAUCACUACUUAGGGUGGUUAUUAAUGGGAAGAAGGAUAACAUUAAGCUUUAAGGUACAUACAAUUUGUGCUUUACAUUUGGUUUUCCAUCAUUAAAAAAAGCUCUGUACAAA